AUCUCGUGGCACCGCUUUAAAACAGGCAGAGACAGAACGAGCCCGAUCACCAUUCCCCGCCGCCCCCAGCCACCUCCAGCCGAGGGAGCACCUAACCCUAGCCUCUAGUCCGGCAACCGUUCGCGCGGGAUCAUCGGCGGCGGCGAUGGCGUCGUUCUCGGAGGCGCCCCCGGGGAACCCCGCGUCCGGCGAGAAGAUCUUCAAGACCAAGUGCGCCCAGUGCCACACCGUCGACAAGGGCGCCGGCCACAAGCAAGGGCCUAACCUGAAUGGUCUGUUUGGGAGGCAGUCUGGAACAACUCCUGGAUACUCUUACUCUACGGCUAACAAGACCAUGGCUGUGGUUUGGGAGGAGAAAACACUCUACGACUACCUGCUUAACCCGAAGAAGUACAUCCCUGGAACUAAGAUGGUGUUCCCUGGACUGAAGAAGCCUCAGGAGCGUGCUGAUCUCAUCGCAUACCUGAAGAGUGCCACAGCUUGAAAGGGCUUUUGCUCUGCUGCCACGUUCCUGAAGUUAAUAAAAAUAGACAUUGCCAUGGUGUCACUCUGGUUUGACGGGGUGCAUCACCAAGACGGUUAGAGAUUUUGGUAGCAUUUCUCCUUACGAUGGUUUCUUUCCUUCAGCAAAAUGCACUGCUAUAAUGGCCGUUUCUCAGGUCUGUUAUGAACCUGUUGUUGUUGUUGUUGUUGUU